GUGCUAAAAAGGUUAUAAUUGCAGCAUCAUCAGUUGAUGCUCCAAUGUUUGUUAUGGGAGUCAAUGAAGAUAAAUAUAGAGAAAACCAAACAAUCAUUUUGGCUACAUCAUAUACAACAAAUGCUUUAGCAUCACUUGCUAAAGUUGUUCAUGAAAAAUUUGGUAUUAUUGAAGGUUUAAUAACAACUAUACAUUCAUAUACUGCUGCACAAAAAACUGUUGAUGAAUCAUCAAAUAAAAAUUGGCGUAAUGGACGUGGAGCUACACAAAAUAUUAUUCCAUUAUCAACUGGUGAUGCUAAAGCUGUUGGAAAAAUAAUUCCUGAUUUAAAUGGAAAAUUAACUGGUAUAUAUUUUCAUGUUCCAACACCUAGUGUCUCAGCUACUGAUUUGACUGUUCUAUUAAACAAAGGAGCUAAAUAUGAAGAAGUUUGUGCUGCAAUUAAAGAAGUUGCCAAUGGUUCAUUGAAAGGUAUUUUGGGUUAUACUGAUGAUCAAGUUAUUUCAACAGAUUUCAUUGGUGAUACACAUUCAUUAAUUUUUGAUGCUACAGCAGUUAUUUCACUUAAUGAUAAUUUUGUCAAACUCAUUUCAUGGUAUGAUAAUGAAUAUGGUUAUUCAAAUCGUGUUGUUGAACUUAUCAAAUAUAUUGCCAAGAAAGAUCUUGAAAAAUAA